CCUGGGGAAACAGCAAACCAUGCCGUUGGGAUGCACUGGAAAGACAAAUCUGUAGAGCCGUGCGCAGCGCGUUGUCCUGCAGCUAACGGGAAGGGAGUGCAAGGUUUUAGGGUGUGAGAGAGAUCAUGAAUCCAAGGGUUUCAGCACGGUUACCCUUGGCUGAGGAUGGAGAGUGGGUGCGAGGGACAGGAGAGGAAGCUGCAGACAGGGAUCGUGGAGGUGCGGGGAGAGGGCCCGCGCGGUCCCGGGUGGCGAGUGGGUGGAGAAGACGCUCAGGCGGAAGGAUGCACAGCGUCGGUGACAGACGGCCCUGCGGGAUCCGGAAGAGGAACUUCCAGUCGGUAUACACCCGAGAUCGAAGGGGAACCACAGCUCCAGACCGCGGAGGUGGAGUGGGGCUACCUUGUCCCUUGCGCGACGCCAUCCACGCAGCCCCGCGGUUCAGUCGCGAGCUGUCGCCGCGCUGCGGUUCCGGUUCCGGUUCCGGCUGGAGUCCGCACCUGCGGCGACGGAAAGUUGGGCCGAUUUCCACCUAUGAUGCAUCAUCACCAGGCACCCUCAGAUGGCCAGACCCCCGGGUCUCGUUUCCAGAGGUCUCACCUUGCAGAGGCAUUUUCAAAGGCCAAAGGAUCAGGUGGAGGCACUGGAGGAGGAGGUAGUGGAAGAGGCCUGAUGGGACAGAUUAUUCCAAUCUAUGGUUUUGGAAUAUUUUUGUAUAUACUAUACAUUCUAUUUAAGCUCUCAAAGGGGAAAACCACUGCAGAGGAUCGGAAAUUCUCUAGUGCCACACCUGGAAACACCCACAGGAAGAUUACCAAUUUUGAGCUUGCUCAACUGCAAGAAAAGCUGAAGGAGACAGAGGAAGCCAUGGAAAAACUAAUCAACAGAAUGGGACCUAAUGGUGAGAGCAGAGCACCGACUGUGACUUCUGACCAAGAGAAACAGUUGCUGCAUCAGCUCCGAGAAAUUACUAGGGUCAUGAAAGAAGGAAAAUUCAUUGACAGACCCACUCCAGAGAAAGAAGCUGAGGAGAUGCCUUAUAUGGAGGACUGGGAAGGCUACCCUGAAGAGACUUAUCCAAUUUAUGACCUUUCUGACUGUAUUAAGCAUAGACAAGAAACAAUUCUGGUGGAUUACCCUGAUCCAAAAGAGCCCUCUGCUGAAGAAGUGGCUGAAAGAAUGGAAGUGAUAGAAGAGGAAGAAACCAACCACUUGGAUUGGGAAAGUCUGUCCACUGACCCCAGAGCCCAGGAAGUUCAUUCUGCUACCUCCUGUGACCCAAAGGCAGAAAUGUGUUCCUGCUGUUUGCUUGAAGAAGAAGAUCCUGCUGUCCUGGCAGAGAACGCUGGGUUCAGUGCAGAUAGCUGCAGCGAGCAAGAGGAAGCUACCCAAGAAGAGUGGCCUCAAGACUUCAGAGAUGAGGGGCUAGGCAUCGGUGUCAAUCAAGCACAUACAGGUGGCAUGUUACGGAAGCGUAACCCUCAGGGGCUAGAGUGAAAACAGCCAGCUUGGCCAAGUGUCCAUUACUGUAGUCUCAAGGUGACCUUCCUCUCCUCUCUCAUAUUUCAUCCCUGGCCCUGUGCCCUGCACUUCCUUCACUGUGUUCAGAUGUCAUAGCUGUCAGGGCACGACCACAGAUAUCAUGUAUCUUUCCUGGUGCUCAUAUGCCUGUCAUCUUGUAAAACGUGGACGUUCGUGUGAAUACAAGACCAUUUCACUUUCUCUUCCUGUCUUUCCGCCAUCAGAGAUGUCGAGCCAUUGAAUAAUUGUCUGGUCUAUCGUAAUUACAGAUGGAACCACUCAGGGGCAAAAGUUCAACUCUUCCUGGUAGGCAUCACAGAUGGUUUUACCUGUGAAUGAACAUCAGCUUACAGAUGAUGGGGACUUAAGGUGCAAGAGUGAAGAUUUCAGACUCCAAGAUGCCUUAUUCUUUGAGCCUUGAGCAGGUUAGUGGUCCUGUAGGGAUAAAAGAAUAUUUUGUUUGUGGGGAUGAUGGGCCUAGGGCAGGUAAGAUUCUGCUGCAUGAGGUGAAGCAGAAUUGCUACUACUCUCUUGUAACGAGAGUCUUCCUCUAAGAUCACCAAUGCUGUCUUAGACAUCCUCAUUUCUGCAGAGUAGUAGUUUAAGACUCCCACUGAUCUGAAAAUGAGCCCAAAGGCCUAAGCUAGGGACUCUUUGGCCUGGAUACUGCCUGGAUCUCUAGCUUCCUUUACCCCUGUUCUGCUUAAAAGAAUUGCCAAACCCAGAGAGAUCUUUGCACCUCUGGUCUUCAGGGACCACAGGAAGCUUUAGAUAGACUUCAGUCCUUGCCCUGCAGAGCCAUGGCUUGAGGCGGUAGAGGCUGUGGGAAGGCACACCCAAGAGUGGGUGUGAGGUGCUCAGACGGCCAGGGAACCAGCAGUAGGGAGAGAACUCAUGUGCUAUGGAUAGUUCUUGCCUAUAAGCUGUUUCUGAAUGUUGUGCCCUCUGGGAAAUUUAUUCUCACAACUGCAUGAGUUGACUUAAAUGAGGACUAAGCUUGUAUAUGAAAUGCCAGCUGAGCAAGGAAGUUGCUGUGUGUGUGUAUGUGUGUGUGCACCAAAAUAGCAGUGCCCAGAAGAGAGCAUAUGUUCUAUAUUUAGAUAUUUGGGUCUUUUGAGAGAGCUGGGGGAAGUAGCAAAGAUACGAGGACUGGGAAGAUUUGGACCAAAUUAAAGGCCUGUUCUCUUAAACGGCCAUUUGUCGUGUCACUUUAAGACAAGGUGACACCCAUGAAUUCUAACAGGAGGUAUGAGUGAGUUCACAGUUUACAUGUAAGACCUGAGAGUUUAAAGGAGUCAUGUUACCAAGAACAUUCCCAGUUAUGAAGUGGGGAAGAUUUCAGAAAUGAUGUAAAAAGGUAGAUUAGCUUUUAGAAUUUGACUGUGCCUGGCAUAGUUAAGAUGCUGGGAAAGUAAGAUAAUGCAUCCGAGCCUAGAGUCUAUCAGAAGGUAUGAGUUCAUGUUAAGAUUACCUGUCAGCCACUAGUAGACAUUUCUUUUCAAUUAAACUACACAGAAAAAUCAUUUGAUGUUUGAGUCCAUGAAACAUAUAUUGCAUCUAUGUCUGUAUAGAACAUUUGAUUCGUAUUGUAAAGAAUGCAGUUUAAAAUGUACUGAAGAGAAUCUAGGUAUAAUCGAACACUAAAAGUAAAAAAUAACGUAGGUGCUCUU